AUGGGCGGAGACUCGUUGGUCGUCACCCCCACGGGAGAGCUUCCGUUUCAGUUCGAACUUAGAAAGCAGUGCGCGGCUGAACUGGUGUUGAAGAACCCCACGGGGGCGAAGCAGGCGUUCAAGGUGAAGACGACUUCGCCGAAGAAGUAUUGCGUCAAGCCAAACACUGGAAUCGUCGAGCCCGGGGCCGAGAUUAAGGUGACGGUGAUGAUGCAGGCGCAUCGAGAGAUGCCGGCGGACUUCAACGCGUGCAAGGAUAAGUUUCUGAUCCAAUCGACGCCUAGCGGAGACUCUUCGGAUAUGACUGAGUUGUUCUCGCGACCGCCUACGAGUAUCUCCGAGACUCGACUUCGCGUGAAGUACGUCAUGAGUGGUAAGACCGCGGCGAUGGCCGAAGAGGUUACUCUUGCGCCGCCGCCGGCGAACGAGAGCGCGGAGCAGGAGCGGGCGCGCUUGCAGCGCGAUGUGGCUCUCUUGCAGUCGCGAAACAAGGCGCUGGCGAACGACAUGAAUCUGAUGAUGAAGAAGGGCGGUAAGAGCAUCGUUAAGGGUUUUACUUUGCUUCACAUCUUACUCACGGCCAUCUUGGCUUUCGUGCUCGGUCGUUAUUUGUAA